GAGAGCACCCGUGCGAUGAGGUCUCAUUGCUUUUGUUUGGAGAACGGUUUUAAAGUGAACAAGGUCACGCCAGGUAAAAUGGCAGUGUAUACUUGACUGUGCACAUGAAGAGCCGAACUCACUUUACCGGUUGCCUCCCCAGAGUUUUUCCACAAUUUUCCAUUGUUAUUUGUGGUUUAAGUGGGCAUUUUAGAGUCAAUAAAGUGCAGUGAGAUCCUGGAUAAUACUCUUGGAGUCAGUGGUUGGUGGCUAUGAAUUAACGAUCGCUGGCCGAUGGGAAAUUACUCAAUUCGAAAGAAAAUCAGUCAAAUUAAUUUUACCGAGAGUCAUCGCGCCACUCGCUCCAUCCUAUCACAUUAAAUUUCUAUACGCAGGUAACGAAGGUGAAGUUCUAUGUAUCAGUGUGACGUAAUAAGUGUCAUGAUAAACGAGCGUUUAGCUGGCUCUCGUCGCUUAUGCCAUCAGAUAAAAAACGAGGGAAAAUAAAAGUAACUUGUACUAUCUGGCGCACUCAGUAUCAAGCCGACUUCCUGAUAAUACGUUUUCUGUUUUACAAUUAUCGAGGGGAUUAACUCAAAGCGACCGCAAAUAUGAAGAUGGAGGCUGAUCAUAGAAGGGAGCAGUUGAAACGUGCGACUGACAGGAUUCAGCGGGAAAUCGAGGAGGUCACUGAGCGAGAGCACGAACUGCGAAACGUCGGCAGUAUAAAGACAACAUCAGACGAGACAGUAGACUCCAAGGUACGUCGCAUGCCCCAGGCCCUCAUAUCGGGAAAGUUGAAGAGGACAACGUCAACACCCCAGAUACUGGAGCCAUCUCCACUCACUCCACACGCGCCAAACCUCGCACCAAAGAUGACGAACGGUGUGAUAUCAACGAGAACAACGGCGCAACCCUUGCGUUUUGCUACAGCGCCGAGUCAGAAGGGCCUCAUGCACAGAUUCCUGGCUACACGUGGAAAAAUAAACAAGACGAAUGGAGUUAAUGCGGAUUAUCCAACGCCUCCGACUACGCCCACCAUAGUUUUGAAUCCACUGAGCAUCAAGGCACUCGGGAGGAGUCUCGGUAGCAAUAGUAACGGAUUCGAUGACAGUGAGAAGGAUGAUGAGCCUAAGAAGCCACCUACGAGGAAGGGAUAUGUACCGGUAGAGCAGAAAAUCCAGAAGGAGCUCAAUGAGAUGAAGGAGCGAGAGAAUGAACUGAGACUAAUGAGGUCACGAAUGCUGGCGAAAUCCCAACCAAAUUUACUCGACAUUGGGAAUGACAAUGACUCCGACAUAUACGAUGGCUCGAGUCUUCUGAGAAGUGGUACCUCAUCGAAUACAUUGACUGACGACGAGUCCGAGAAGGAGUACAAAGGCAAACACAAGCCGAAUCCCAGACGUCGAAGUACCCUGAUAGCCCAAUGGGAGAACCUCAUUGCUGCUAAGCGAGAGUCCACCGACAUUGGGCACGAGAUUGAGAACACGUUUUAAUUCAUAUUUGAUUUAUACUCGAUGGUGCUACAGGAUGGCAGUCUUUUGAGGAUAAUUUACAGUAUUACAUUGGUUGCUGAGUCAUCACGUCACGUGCAAAAUUAUUAUUUUCGUUGUUAAUUACGAGGGAGAUUGUUUUAGGUUUAACUAGGGCCAAUUGGAUAUGUCAAGUGUACUUAUUAGGAUUAAGUUGAAGGGAGGGUGGGGCAGAAUGGACAUUUCUGACAUUUCGGAAACUAUUCGUCAUUUAAAAACAAAUUUAUCAAUUUAUUAAAGCGAAGAAAAAAUUAUUCUGUUCGCAACAAAGUGAUAUGGGCUCAUUUUUCCUCACUUCUCCUUUAUAUAUUUUCAUUCACAUCAGUGGUCAGAUUAUCUUGAGACCAAUGAUGGUAUCUUCGAUGUACCUUGAUAGAAUGGCUAACAAAUGAUCAAAACUCAAGUGCAAUUUUUAUGAUAAGCCACUGAGAUACUGAGAAUGCAAUUCAAUUAAUGAUAUUGCCAGUCAAAUGUAUUAGGAAAUAGUUCAGAAUAUUGAAAAAUGUGUGAGAGAAUUUUGUAGAAAUACUUGAAAGUUUUGCUAGAUUUUCUGGAAAUUCUAAAAAAAGAAAACUGCAACUUUUUCAAUAGAAAUUCGCACGAGGAAUCGAGUUUCUAAUGAAAUUCUAAUGGAAAUUUCUAGGACAUGACUUACGUUUUUCUAUUGAAUUUCUUCAUUGAUAAAUAGAUCAAACAAAAAACUUAUGAUGUUCGAAAGUCACGGGUGAAGGUCGAAAAGAGAAUAUCAUACUAUAAACAAUUAUUUAUAACCUUCCAGUCCUAUAAAUUAUUGUAACUAUUUAAUGAGUACUAUCGCUCAUUGGGAGAUUUCUUUUCUUUAAUAAAAACCUCAAAAGAAAAUUUACGAUUA